UGACUGCUAGCUUACGUUAGCCCGUGAACAAAAGAGGGCGCACGCCUCCAUCUGUUAACAACGGACUUAUAGUUAGUCACCGCAUCUGAACCGGUUCAUAUUUGUUUUCACUCGGGGCGCUCCUCGUUGCCGAUGGAGACACCAUGGAUCUAACCCAGCGCGGUUGCGGUACCUGCUGCCCGGCUAUGAGCUAACAUCGCAGCGUAAGCAGCCGUACUCACUCCGAUGGAGUCAAAUAAUCAUUUUAACUAUGGCACCCACUCUUCACCAAACUCAGGACUGAAACUCUCCUCAGGGGAUUCUCUUUAUACUAACGGGUCCUCCAUGAGUUUUCCUCAGCAGGGGAAGAAUAUGAAUGGCGAGAUUAAUGUGAAUGGCACCACUACUGUACUCGGGUCUGGUGUGCCCAGUUCCCACCCACCAACAGCUCCUUACCCCCACAUGAGCAACCACCACCAGAGUAGCAUUGGAUAUGACUACCUGUGGGGAGGGCACCCUCAGUAUGGUCCAGCCAUGGGCACAUCUCCAGGUCAUGGAAUGCAUCAGAAGCAGCCUACACCCGGGAUAGCGCAGCCUCAGUCACAGCACCACUUCCAGGGUCCUGGACAGUACCAGCUUAAUGGGGGUAUUGAAAGCUCUCAUCAGCCCCCUGUGGCAGGUCCACCAAACAUGCCUCUUACUGGGAGCCAGUACUGGAACAGGAGUAACCCAGGCCAACAGCAGAUGGGUUAUAAUUCCCACAGUGUAUAUGGCACCUACCAGAGUUCAGCACACCCUGGUAUUACAUCUUCACCACAUCACCAGCAGCAGCAGUCCUUACAGCCCACACCCCAUCAACCAUCACAGCAACACCUCCAGUCACAUCGCAGCCCACACCAACACCACCAGCAACCACAGCAUUAUGGCAUGAUGCCUAAUGGGAUGCCCUUCUACCAGCAUCAGCCCCAGCACCCGGCCAUGUCGUCUCCUCCUCAGCAGCAACAGCAACCACAACAGUCGCAGCCUCAAGGCCAGACUCACUUGAUGCCCCCAGCAGGCCAGAGUUUUACCCCUCCACAUGGCAGCCCUCAACGUGGCAGCCCUCAACACCCCAGUUUAGGCAGAGCAGGCACUGGCAGCCCUCUACCUGUGGGUAUGUCCUCUGUAACAGUGAUAUCACCAUCAGAGGUGCAGGAUAGUGGAUCACCCAAGAGCCACAACAGAGAUGACAAAAUGUCUUCUGUCAUUCAAGGGCACACAACGGAAGCUGUCAAAGAGGUUGAUGCAAGCUUUAAUGGCAGCGAAAGGGCACCUGUUGCCCUAAAGCUACCCAAAAGUGACAGUUACUCAUCCAAAACAGCUGCGGCUCAUGUGGGACCCGUGAAUGAUCAUGGACAGAAGUCUGACCAGACAGCAGCUCAGUGUCCAGAGCUGGCUUCUCCUGUCAAAGAUGCAGAAGUUAAUCCAUCUCCACGGUGCCCGUCAUCUCAGCUCUCCAUGUCUUCAUCCCCUGCAGUUGUGUCGACAUCAUUAACCAAGGCCUCUGCAGCUCCAACUGUCUCUGGAUCUCCCACAUCUGCACCUGGACCCCCAACUGUUUCAUCCCCUAGUGAGGAAUCUACUCAGUCACAAAUCUCAGCAUCCCACAGUGUGUCCUCUGUGCCGUCUCCUCCUGUAAUUGUGCAAGGCCUUAAAACUCUCCCUUCUGUUGAAACUGAAGUAGCACCUGCUGGAACCAAAAAUCUGUCAGCACGGUCCUCUUCCUUCCCCCUUCAAGGAUCGCUUCAAAAAUUGUCUACGCCCCUAGCUUCGAGUAAUAAUGAGUCUAGUCCUGCCACACUCUCCCCUGUACCUUUGGUCUCUUCUCCUUCGGAGUCAAUGACCCAUCUUUCAGCAUUGCCUCCUGUAGCUUCUGGACCUAGUACAGCUAUCUCAACUUCUGCUCCCAUCUCGUCUCUUCAGCAGAUGGUUCAAGGGUCUUACAUGUCUUGCUUUCCCAAAACAUCUGGAGCUCGGCAUGACAAGCCAGGUCCUCCUAAAUUGAUAUCUACCAUAACAUCAGUGCGGGCAAAUUAUUCAUCAGCUGGUCCGGGUCCAUCGCCAUCCCCAUCUGCAACUUCCAUGUCUGUGUCUGUUGCACCUUCUGUUAUAAAUAAACCAUGUGCACCUGUGCCCACAUACCAUCACCAGACACACACUCCUCCAGCUGUUGACACUGGUAUUCCCACUGCCUCUGCAGUAUCCCAUGAAAGCUCUACAGUCCAACCUCUGCCUACCCUACCUCUUCUAACCACUCAAGCCUCCAGGACUGCACUUGUGCCCACCCCUCCUGCCUUUGUUUCUUUGCCUCCUACAAUGGGUACGUCCUCUAGAAUGGUCCAAGGUUCUGACUCUGAGCAGCAUCCACCUAAUACCACUCCUUGUGUACAGUUGUCUCCCAAGUCAGAGUACCAUGGUCAUAAUGAGAAAAAUGAAGUGCUGAGUAAUAAGAGAAAUGAAAAAGCAGAAGAAUACCUCCCUCGGCUUGAUUCAAACUCCAAGACACCACAGAAGGUGGAAACUGCUGAGACUCCUAAAUCUGAUGUCUUCUGUCACAAAUCCUUCUCUGAUCUUUCUGGAAAGUCUUUGCAGACCACAGUUGCUUCUGAUCAAACUGCCAAGAGAAAAUCGAAGGAUGUUGAAAAGCAUCAAAUGCAAAGUACGGUUAUUGAUAUCUCAGAAACAGAAAACUCCAUGUUGGGACAAACUCCAUUCAGAAAGUCCCCACAGCUUCACAGCACAAGGGUAGAACAUUUGACUGAAGAUAGUUUUGAUAACUCCCAACAUGCUGCUUCUCAAUCUGAUGGCAGUUUAUCAUAUGACACCCCUUCUAAGAUUGAAGUCAGCCCUGUUUUUGAAAAAAAGUCUCUUUUAGAAGGUGACAGCUCCUGCAUAGAUGACUCCACUCACUUUGACAACAGCUUUCACCUGAGAAGUGAGACUUCUCAGUUUGACAGCACUUCAUAUGCUGAGGAAGAACCAUCUACUGCAUUUGACACCACUAGAGACAGCAGCUUCUCUCUGGAAGAGUCCAGAGAUGACAUGUUGGAUUCCACCAGAGGAGAGGAAACAUCUGAGGCAGAAGAGACCAGGAACAUUUGCCAUGUUAUGGGGGCAUCCAUGCUGGAAUCUUCACUGAACAGCAGCGCUCAGAUGGAAGAGCCCUCUGUCGAUGCAAGUGAUGGGUCCAAAUCUCAUAGUGGCCAUCAAGUACCUGAAGCAGAGUGGGAGACCAGAGGACACGAUACCCCAGACUUGGCUGGACGGAUAAAAAUUAAAACCACUGUUGAUGAGUCCAUGACUCUGCCAAGUUUCAACAUGAGAGAUGAGAACUUCAUCGCUUUCAGUACCCCAGUAGAGAGCCCUGCUGUACACCCACUCCAACCUGUAACGGAUCAGAUUGUCUCGGCUGCAAGAGGACAUCUUGCAACACCAGGAAAACCACGCAAACCUCGAACACCAAAGACAAUAUGGAUUAAAACCCCAGUUCCAGAGGAGGCCCAGCGAAAACCUCGGACUCGAACCCCUAAAGUGGAGAAAAUCAAGCUUGAACGUGGAGGCAUUAAAGAGCAAAGGUCCACUGGCAGAAAGAGGAAGAAGGUCCUCGAAGUGGAUGCAAAAGAAACAUCAGAAGUAUCUGGAGACGCUGGGUCUCAGACAGGAGAGGUUGAUUCAAUUACAGCCACGAUUGAAGCUGUUUUGGCCAACGCUGCUUCAGCUGUUAACACAGCAGGGGAGAAACUGAAAAAGGUGAAAAGAGUCAAGAAACAAGACGGAGAUAUGGUUAAAACACCUAAACAAGAUGCUGAAACGACAACGGCUGAUGAUGCUGAGGAAAAUGAUGACGACAGCUCAACUACAGGUGAAUCUAACAGACGAAGGGUUGCGACAGAAGCUCAGGUCCAGUUCCCAUUGUUGCACGGGUGGAAGAGGGAAAUUCGAGUGAAGAAAACUGAUAAUCGCAUGAAGGGUGAAACCUGGUAUUACACACCGUGUGGAAGAAGGAUGAAGCAGUUCCCUGAAAUAGCUAAGUACUUGAAGAGACACACGGACAGCGUGGUGAGCAGGGAGCAUUUCAGCUUUAGCCCACGCAUGCCUGUAGGGGACUUCUAUGAAGAGAGAGAAACUCCUGAGGGUAUGAACUGGGUCCUCUUGGCUAAUGAGGAGGUUCCCUCCAUGAUCAUGGCCAUCACUGGCCGGCGAGGUCGACCUCCAAACCCUGAUAAAGAGAAACCCCGCAGAGUUCGUGGUGUGAGGGGAGGAGAGCCCCGUCGCCCUGGUAGACCUCCCAAAACCAAGAUGAUUGACCUCCUCAGCAAAGUUGACGCGAAGCUGUUGAACCGACUUGAGGCUAAGGAGGCUCUUUCAGAAGAGGAAAAGGAGAAACUUGCAAAAAUCAAAAAGAAAAUGAAGAGAAAGGCAAGAAUAAAGAAAAGGGAGGAUGCCAAGAUUAAAAAAAUGAAAGAGGAAAAAAAGAGAGCCAAGCUUGAGCAAGCAGCGAAGAGCCUACAGGCAAAGGCUGAACCGACUGACCCGACGGCUCCAAAGGUCACACAGCCAACAUCGGUGUCUGCUGCUGAGCCGAAGAAGCCAGGCCGCAGAAGGUCAGUCAAGGUUGAGGCUCCUCCACCAGUACAGCAGACAGACGAGGAGAGGAUAGCCCAGGGUAAGAGGGUGUUGGGUGCUCGGAGCAAAGCAAAGGCUAUGGCUAAAGCUCAGGCUGAGGCAGAGGCGGCAGCUCGGGCUGCUCUGUCAGCGAAGAGAGCCGCAGAGAGGAGAGCUCAGGCCCAGAGACGUCUGGAGGAACGAAAGAGGCAGCAGUUGAUCGCGGAUGAGCUAAAGAAGCCCACAGAGGACAUGUGUCUCACUGACCAUAAACUAUUACCGGAGCUGUCCCGUAUUCCUGGUGUGGUUCUUUCCGGUACUGCCUUUGCACACUGCCUGACUGUGGUUGAGUUCCUUCAAGGCUAUGGAAAGGUGAUCGGCCUCAAUAUACCCAAGGACAUCCCCAGCCUUGCUACCUUACAGGAAGGCCUCCUCGGCCUGGGCGAUAGUCAAGGAGAAGUGCAAGACCUUCUGAUAAAGCUUGUGGAGGCUGCGCUCCAUGACCCAGGCCUUCCAACGUAUUAUCAGUCAGUGAAGAUCCUUGGAGAAAAGCUGGCUGAUUUAGAGCUGACCCGCAGCACAGUUUCAGAAGCACUCCGCAUCUUUUUGGAAUCUAAUGGUUAUGAGACGGAGGUGUGCAACACACUGCGGACCAAAACCUUUCAUGCUCUGCCCCCUGACACCAAGGCAGCCAUCCUGGGUUUCCUGGUGGAUGAGCUUAACGGUAGCAACAUUGUGACGAGUGACAUUGACAACACAUUGGAAAACAUGGCAACCUAUAGGAAGAAUAAGUGGAUCAUUGAGGGGAAGUUGCGAAAGCUGAAGGCGGCGUUGGCGCGUCGUACUGGACGUUCAGAGGAAGAGCUGUGUUUUGAGGAGAGGCGACGCAGUGCCAGAGUGGCCGACGAGGAGAUCAGUUUGGAGGAGGGUGGUGUGCCCAUGGAGAGAGGCAACCGACGUGGACGUAAAGAGGAGCCAAAACCCACUGAUAGUGAGAGUCCUACCAAUGCCAGCGUUCCAGAGCUUGAAAGGCAGAUAGAUAAGCUAACCAAGCGACAAGUAUUUUUCCGUAAAAAGCUGCUACAGUCGUCUCAUUCCAUGCGGACCAUAUUGUUAGGCCAGGACCGUUACCAGCGCAGAUACUUGGCUUUCCCUCACCUCGGAGGAGUUCUAGUUGAAGGGCCAGAGGAGCUUUUGACUUCAGGAGAUGUCCUCAUAGCUGAGGUGCCUGUCACCUUUCUCAAAAAGGAGCCCAAAGUAGAAGAGGUUCCCGUGCCUACCACUCCCCCCCCUACUCUGCCAUCCUUGCCUUCCUCUCCUUCCUCUGCUGCCCCUGCACAGAACCAGACCCUGUCUCCAGAGGAGGACCCGCUCCCUGGCACUGCAUCCCUCAUGAGCAGGCCAAGAGGACGAGGUCGCCCCCGAAAAAUCAAACCAGAAGUGGAGCUCCACCUCCGCACGGCAAAGAUCCGUCGACGGCGUCGAAGUAGUGCCAGGUCUGGAGGCGAAGAAGGGCCGGGAUCACCGACCCUCUGCACACAAGACCUCACACAGUCUGCUUUCCUGAACUGGCUCAGCCAGUCGCAGGAAACGCUGGCAAAUGGCACCUGUUCAGCAGCAGCAGGGGAAGCCCCCGAGGGGAAUCGACCAGAUGAGAGUGUGAAGGAGAUGGCAGAGAAACAGGGACAGUGGUUCAACCUGCUUCCUAAACAACCAUGUGAUGAUAACUCCCUCGCUGAGCCCCAGAUCACCGCCUCACCCAGCUCACCCCCUAAACUCCACCCUGCACUUGCUGCUCUGCCCAUACAGCCGGAUCCACUCUUGCCUGGUGCUGCUCCUGCUGAACCUGUCGUUCCAGCGACACCGCAGGAUGUUCCCCUGACAACAACCGCUCCUGAAGUUCCUGUCAGUUCUCCACCCCCACUCUCUCAGCCUUAUCCAGCUCCCAUUCCCCCUGCUGCGGUCGCUCCCACCACCCCUGCCAGGCCAGUUCGCAGGCGGAGGAGAGGCAGCAGAGGCAGCAGUCCUGCACGAAGGGGACCACGAGGAGCUGCAGCCAAACGCCGUGGCCGCCCCCCCAACUCUGUGUUCCAGGAGCUUGAGCAGCAGUUUUUCACUCAGCUUGUGGUCAAGCCCAUUCCAGCAUCAAUGGUGCGUGGUUGGUGGUGGAUCAAGGAUCCAGAAGAACUGUACAGCACCUUACAGGCCCUCCAUCCAAGAGGCAUCAGAGAGAGGGUCCUCCAUAAGCAUUUAGCAAAGCAUAUGGAGAGUUUAGCUGAGCUGUGCACCAAAUCUAUUGACGACACAAUAUUUGAGUUGAAGGUAGAGGACAAAGAAGUUCUAAUGGAGGCUCUACAGCAACCGUGGCAAGUGCAAGAGAGGGCCAUGGAGACUGACAUCAGCGCACUGCAGUGGGUUGAGGACCUGGAGCAGCGAGUUAUUGCAGCUGACCUCCAUCUGAAGGCACCACCUCAGAAUGUGAUCACUGAUGCUGACUCUAACACCGAGACACCAAUGGCAGAAUUUCAGCCAUACACAAUCCCAGAUCCAGACUCCAAUCGGGAUGAUCUCCAGUACUACGAACACGACGCCGACCCGCGCGAUGACUGGAUUGUGCGAACUAAGAAGGAGUGGUCCGGCCUGCCUCGUAUCGCCACACACCCCCUGGACCUGGCCAUGCUGCGGCUGGCCAACCUCGAGCGAAACAUCGAACGGCGCUACCUGAAGGAGCCGCUGUGGAACCCAGCUGAGGUGAUGCGCCUCGCUCCUCUCACCCCGACGCCAGGAGAAGAGCAUCCAAUGGAUGUCAUUAGUCUGGAAAGUGAAAUCACCUCCCGCCUACGAACUUGGCGUCAGGCUCUGGAUCGCUGUCGUAGUGCUCCACAGCUCUGUUUGUGUUUGCUUCAGCUGGAGAAAGCAAUCGCCUGGGAAAGAUCAGUCACUAAAGUGACAUGCCAGGUUUGCAGGAAGGGAGACAAUGACGACUGCCUGUUGCUGUGUGAUGGCUGCGAUCGUGGCUGCCACAUGUAUUGCCUGAGGCCCAAACUCACUCAGGUGCCAGAGGGAGACUGGUUUUGUCCGACAUGCGUUGCCAGGGAGGAGGGUGAGUUGCAGCGAUUGUCGAAAACAAGGACCAGGGUGAAGAAGAGAAAGUACGAAGACGAGAGCUCUGAAGAUGAAACGACAGCGCGGCGUAGUUCUGGCAUGGCGACGCGAAACAAGGAGACCGCCUCACCCUCGUCUUCUCGCUACUCCGGAGAAGGAUGUGGCACCAACGCGAAGCGCCGACGCAUGAUGACCCGCAACCAGCCGGACCUCACCUUCUGCGAGAUCAUUCUAAUGGAGAUGGAAGCUCAUGCAGACGCCUGGCCGUUCCUUGAACCUGUGAACCCACGACUGGUGCCAGGAUACCGCCGCAUCGUCAAGAACCCCAUGGACUUCCUCACCAUGAGAGAGAGACUGCUACAGGGAGGGUACUCCAGCUGUGAGGAGUUUGCUGCCGACGCUCAGCUGGUCUUCAACAAUUGUGAGCUGUUCAAUGAGGACACGUCGGAGGUGGGCACAGCCGGACACUCCAUGAGGCGCUUCUUUGAGAGCCGCUGGGCGGAGUUCUACUCGAAUAAGGACAAAUAGGUGCCUACGGCGUUCUCCUCAGUGGUGUGGCUGUAGAUUGUUGGUGCUUUUACAGUCCCAGUCACGUUCUCUCUCUCUCUGUUACUGCUAAGACUGUCGGUAGGUUCUUCCAGCCCAUGUGUAUUCUCUCAUGUAUAGGUAUUUAUGUAUAGAUUUUUGGCUAUUUGUCUGUUAUUGUUGCCUCCACUGGCUGAAUCUUUUUCCGGGCCCACAGCUAAACCGGCUUGAACUUGUACCAUUCCCUGUCACAGAGAGGGAGAACAUGCCUCUCGUCACAUUGCCUUCCUUGCUUCCCUUCCUUUCUCCCUCCCUCCCUCCUGUUGUGUCCUCAUCCUCACCUCAGCACCUCAUCCCCCAUUUGCGCUCUUCUAGUCAUGUCGUGUCACAAACCUCUGUCGUUGCAAAGCCUUUGGUCAAGCCCUGCUGCGGGUAAUGACACGGUCUCAGGCCCCCGGGUAUUUUGGCUCUCAGACUCGUACCGAAGCUAAGGGACUGAUCACACCGUUGUAGCUUAACUGCUGCAUUCUGGACCUGCUUAGCAUCGCUCAAUGACAAAUUGGAUCAAAAACUCCUCACAGAGCUUUUGCCAUUUCUUACCUGUUCAAUGGAAAUGUAAUGUAAUGUGGUCUUAUGCCUAGAAGUAAUUUUUUGCUCAAUAUAUUUUUAUUAUAUAUUCUAUAUAUAAAUAUAUAUAAAGAUUACAAUAGCUGGGAUUAUUUAAUAGCAAUAGCUUGUAUUGAAUGUGUACAGAUUAUCUAAUAGAGAUGUCUUGUCAUUUUAUGAAAAGGCCAGUUAAACUAAAAGGAAUCUGUUUUUGGACUGUCACGAGUAGACGUUUAACCUCCACCUCAAGUCUUGCACGAACACCUACACACUUUUCACCAACACACACACACACACACUCACUCACACACAAACACACACACCUGCUGCUGUGUGAAAGACACUGGUUUCUGAAACUGGAGGAUUUUUAAUGUUGGUCGGUCAGUUUGGGGGGGAGGGGGCGGGGUUGACAUUUCACUCUCCCUCCUGUUUGAGCGUAAAUCAGCUUGUUUGACCAGAUCUGUGUCUCAACAGACAAAACAGACUGUUGAGAGAACACAGCUCGCACUGAGAAUUUGCUCUUUUAUAAAAAAUGAAAAUGCCUCAAGUCAAGAUGGUGUUUGCAGUUUUAAAACUACAAGCGGGCAACUGAUCCAUAUUUGUCUGUAGCUCGUCAGAACGGGUGAAACCAUCUACGGGUGGUUAUAUGCAAGGCUGAAAUCCUCUCAUUUUAAAGACUAGAUUUUCAACUGAGGUCUGAUACUGAAGCACUGGGCAGCGGGCACAUCCCUGCCCAGUUUUCUGACUUGCAUUCCUUUUAUUGUUUUUGUUCUUUGCUGUUUAAGGGCCAAUGUACAAUGUUUGCGCAGCAUGGUUGGUGUUCGAUGAAGGCGUUGGGACGACUCCAUAGUCCAGGUUUUUAUUUAAACUUGUUUCUUACACUGAACUCAAAUCUGUUGACAGGAAACAAAAGUUUGAGGUUCCUUAUUACACUUAAAGGGACGAGACGUUUUUUCAAAAAAGAAAAAAAAAGACAUGACGACCAAAUGUGGUGUUAAGUGAAUUUUUAAUAAUGUACAGUUUUUGGUGACUUUAAAUUUGUUCCUUUAUAUUUUUAGGACCAAUUCAUCAUUUUUAAGAGCAGGUAUUCCAAGACUCUGUUGUACUAAGGUGAUGUAACAUGUGUGCAUCUGUAGAAUGUACUGUGAGUUGAAUAAAAACCACACCUAGUAGAGGGUAUUUGCUCCCA